AUGGGUCAUGCUGCAUCUGACCUGAUUAGGUGGACCGUCAUCUUCCAGGCCAACCCAUUCUCUUAAGCACAUUACUCCCAGGUGCGUCCCGUCUUCUUCUUCCUCUAAAUCCCUGUUUUUCAUUUUUGGAUUAGUGUUUCGAGAUUCUGGAGGACUGAAGAAUGCACACUGCCCAGACUGUAACUGCCGGGGCUUCUGAGGCUUCUUCUCCACAGGCAAAUCUCCAAAUUCUGGAACGCACAAAUGAAGUUGUUAUAGAUUCAGGACCAAGGGAGAAGCGGCCAGAUCUUUCACUUCAAAUACCCCCUAGAUCUGUAAAUUUUGUCAAUAGCAGGAGUGGAAAAGGUUUACUCCAAUCUCAAGGAUCCGUAAAAGGUAUUUCACCUUCAAAGGGCUUGUUACGGGGUUUAAGCUUCAAAAAAAAGACUGCUUUACCUGAUGGUGAGAGAAGCUCCCUCCUCAACUCAGAUAGCAAGCCAACUGCAGAAAGUCCUAGGUUGUCCAACUUCAUGGAUGUUUUUAAUUGGAAAAGAUCUAAUUCUCUUCCUGUUUCACAUGCAUCAAACUUGUCCCCUUCAGUUUCUACACCUACUUCAGCAAGGCCGUAUAAUGAACGUCCCAGGUCACAUAAAGGGCCAGUUCAUAUGGUGGAUCCUGUGGUCUCAAGGUCCCUGUCCAUACCUGGUCGAAAUGUUGUCAUUGUAAGAUCUGUAUCUUUUGCUACUCGACAUGAACAGGUUCAGACUGAAUCUGGUGAUGAUCAAAUUACUCCCGUUCCUAUGCAAAAUGAAGACGAAGAGAUUCCUGAAGAGGAGGCAGUUUGCAGAAUCUGUUUUGAUGUUUGUGAAGAAGGAAACACACUCAAGAUGGAAUGCAGUUGCAAAGGUGCCCUCAGACUUUUACAUGAAGACUGUGCGAUUAAGUGGUUCACUACAAAAGGAAAUAAGACUUGCGAUGUCUGUGGGCAGGAGGUUCAGAACUUACCUGUAACCUUGCUUCGGGUGCCAACUUCUGCUCAAAGGGAUAACAGACAGGCACAUAAUCAACAGAGUUUAAAUUCACGAUCAGUAAGUGUUUGGCAGGACUUUGUGGUUCUUGUCUUGAUUAGCACGAUAUGCUAUUUCUUCUUCCUUGAGCAGCUCCUGAUUCAUGACAUGAAGACUCAAGCAAUUGUAGUUGCAGCACCAUUUUCUUUUACUUUGGGUGUUUUGGCGUCUAUUUUUGCAAUUAUCCUAGCAAUCAAGGAGUAUAUAUGGACAUAUGCUGCUCUUGAGUUUGCGCUUGUGGCCAUAAUCGUCCAUCUUUUCUAUAGUUUGCUUCAUCUGAAGGCGGUUUAUGCCAUAAUGCUUUCUGCAGUUAUGGGUUUCGGCAUAGCUAUGAGCCUCAAUUCAUUGUACAUUCAAUUUUUUACUUGGCGGUUUCAGGUUACACAGAACUCCAACCCUGUAUGACCAGACCUCUGAGAGGAACCACGUGCCCGGACAAAGCACUGGAGUACAUAUUAGCUACCCAGGCACUGUAAUUAUAUUAAGAAUUGUAGAUUGUUUUUUUUUUUUUUUUUAUGUAUAUUUUUAGUGGUCCAAGUGUCACACAUGAACUUAAGAAAAACCUAAAUCUGUGAUAAAUAUGCUACUUUUUUUUUUUUU